AGGAGGCGGAGGUGGAGCACCGCGUGGCCGAGAUGAAGCGCGAGGGUUUCUGGUCCCUCCGCCGCCUGCCCAAGGUGCCGGAGCCGCCGCGUCCCAAGGUGCACUGGGAUUACCUCUGCGAGGAGAUGCAGUGGUUGGCCGCCGACUUCGCCCAGGAGCGACGCUGGAAGAGGGGAGUGGCACGCAAGGUGGUGCGCAUGGUGAUGCGGCACCACGAGGAGCAGCGGCAGAAGGAGGAGCGCGCCAAGCGCGAGGAGCAGGCCAAGCUGCGCCGCGUGGCCGCCACCAUCGCCAAGGAGGUCAAGCAGUUCUGGAGCAACGUGGAGAAGGUGGUGCAGUUCAAGCAGCAGUCCCGCCUGGAGGAGAAGCGGAAGCAGGCCCUGGACCUACAACUGGACUUCAUUGUGGGGCAGACCGAGAAGUACUCGGACCUCUUGAGCCGCAGCCUCAACGCGCCCCAUAGGGUGCAGCACCCAUCGGGCUAUGGGGACAUGGAGCUCCCGGAUGAGGACCCCCCCGAUGGGUCCCCCCCUGAGACCCGGCCCCGGGACCUGCAGGAGGUGCUGGGGACCCUCCCCCCACAGGCGCUGCUGCAGCAGAACAAGAGCCCCUGGGAGCUGCGUGAGGAGGAUGAGGAGUUCGCAGCCGAGGAGGAAGAGGGGGAGGACGAGGAGGAGACGAUCGCGGCGCAGGAGCGGCUCGAGGGGGACGUGGACCACAAACAGGAGCUGGAUGACCUGGCCCGGGAAGGGGCGCUGCCGAUGGAGGAGCUGCUGCAGCGCUACGCCGGAGCCUUCGCUGACUCCGACUGCGAGUCCCCCCCCGGCGCCAGCAGCACCCGCUCAGACUCCCCAGCAGCCGAGAGCGACGAGGAAGAGGAGGAGGACGACGAAGACGAGGAAGAAGAGGACGAGGACGAAGACGAGGACGAGGAAGAGGAGGAGGAAGAGGAAGAGGAAGGGGCCCCCACGCCACCCCCCACCACCCCACCGCCUCCACCCCCCAUCACCCCCACCCCAAAGAAGGAGAUCACCGACAUCGCCGCCGCCGCAGAGAGCCUUCAGCCCAAGGGGUACACCCUGGCCACCACCCAGGUGAAGACCCCAAUCCCACACCUGCUGAGGGGCACCCUAAGGGAGUACCAACAUAUAGGGCUGGAUUGGUUGGUGACCAUGUACGAGAAGAAACUCAAUGGGAUCCUGGCCGACGAGAUGGGGUUGGGCAAGACCAUCCAAACCAUCUCCCUCCUGGCUCACCUGGCCUGCGAGAAGGGCAGCUGGGGCCCCCACCUCAUCAUCGUGCCCACCAGCGUGAUGCUCAACUGGGAGAUGGAGCUCAAACGUUGGUGCCCCAGCUUCAAGAUCCUCACCUAUUAUGGGGCACAGAAAGAACGACGCCUCAAGCGCCAGGGCUGGACCAAACCCAAUGCUUUCCAUGUGUGCAUCACGUCCUACAAGCUGGUGCUCCAGGACCAUCAGGCCUUCAGGAGGAAGAACUGGAAGUACCUGAUCCUGGAUGAGGCCCAAAACAUCAAGAACUUCAAGUCCCAGCGGUGGCAGUCCUUGCUUAACUUCAAUAGCCAGCGGCGGCUGCUGCUGACGGGCACGCCGCUGCAGAACAGCCUCAUGGAGCUCUGGUCCCUCAUGCACUUCCUGAUGCCCCGAGUGUUCCAGUCCCACCGGGAGUUCAAGGAGUGGUUCUCGAACCCCCUGACGGGCAUGAUCGAGGGCAGCCAGGAGUACAACGAGAGCCUCGUCAAGCGCCUGCACAAGGUGCUGCGGCCGUUCCUGCUGCGCCGCCUCAAGGUGGACGUGGAGAAGCAGAUGCCGCAGAAGUUCGAGCACGUCCUCAGGUGCCGCCUCUCCCAGCGCCAGCGAUUCCUCUACGACGACUUCAUGGCCCAGGCCAGCACCAAG